AUGCCGACUGUGCAGUCACGCUUCGCAGCAGCAGGCCUCGUCGUCGGCCUUGCCGCCUCUGCUAGCGCUUUCGUCGCGCCUUCUGCUGGCCGCUCAGGGAGCCAGCUGAGGAAAAGUGCGGCCUCCACGGCUCCUGUUCGAACAUCCGUUGCUCAGCAGAAAACCGGGAACGGCUUGGCUACACUCGCUGUUCUGGGCGCCGGCUUGGCCGCCGUGCGUGGAUCCCGUACACAGGUCAACGUAGCUGUGAUCGAGGCUCCUGAGCCGCCACUCUUCCAGCCUUCCGAGCAGUUCGGUGCCACCGAACCUCUUGGAUUCUUUGAUCCGCUCGGGUUCACGAAUGUGGGUGACGAGAAGGGCUUUAGGAAGCUGCGCGUCUCCGAGAUCAAACAUGGUAGAGUAGCGAUGAUGGCUUCGAUUGGACUUGUCGCACAGCAUUUCGUCAAGUUCCCCUUCUUCGAGAAUGCUCCCGCUGGCUUCUCCAUCAUGGACAAGGGCGAGGGCGUGCUAGGCUUCUUCGGCAUCUUCCUCGCUUGCGCCCCGCUGGAGCUGUGGUGGAGGGAGAACCCUGAGAAGGAGCCGGGAAACUACGGCGAUCCGUUCGGCGUGAACAUGUACAACGACGAGAUGAGGAUGAAGGAGCUCAACAACGGGCGCAUGGCCAUGAUCUCGGUUCUCGGAAUCUUCGCAGCAGAGAUGGCCACCGGCAAGGACGCCAUGCAGCAGUUCGGGCUUUCCGCCAUCGCUGGUGCCCGUGUCUCCACUUCCUCCAGCCGCUUUGCAGGAUCCACCUCUUCCAGAGUCGUGGCUCAGCAGCGCGUGGUGCGAAGGGCUGAGGCCGUGAUUCAGGAAGAUGCGCCGCCACUCUUCCAGCCUUCCGAGCAGUUCGGUGCCGCCGAACCUCUUGGAUUCUUUGAUCCGCUCGGGUUCACGAAUGUGGGCGACGAGAAGGGCUUUAGGAAGCUGCGCGUCUCCGAGAUCAAACAUGGUAGAGUAGCGAUGAUGGCUUCGAUUGGACUUGUCGCACAGCAUUUCGUCAAGUUCCCCUUCUUCGAGAAUGCUCCCGCUGGCUUCUCCAUCAUGGACAAGGGCGAGGGCGUGCUAGGCUUCUUCGGCAUCUUCCUCGCUUGCGCCCCGCUGGAGCUGUGGUGGAGGGAGAACCCUGAGAAGGAGCCGGGAAACUACGGCGAUCCGUUCGGCGUGAACAUGUACAAUGACGAGAUGAGGAUGAAGGAGCUCAACAACGGGCGCAUGGCCAUGAUCUCGGUUCUCGGAAUCUUCGCAGCAGAGAUGGCCACCGGCAAGGACGCCAUGCAGCAGUUCGGGCUUUCCGCCAUCGCUGGUGCCCGUGUCUCCACUUCCUCCAGCCGCUUUGCAGGAUCCACCUCUUCCAGAGUCGUGGCUCAGCAGCGCGUGGUGCGAAGGGCUGAGGCCGUGAUUCAGGAAGAUGCGCCGCCACUCUUCCAGCCUUCCGAGCAGUUCGGUGCCGCCGAACCUCUUGGAUUCUUUGAUCCGCUCGGGUUCACGAAUGUGGGCGACGAGAAGGGCUUUAGGAAGCUGCGCGUCUCCGAGAUCAAACAUGGUAGAGUAGCGAUGAUGGCUUCGAUUGGACUUGUUGCACAGCAUUUCGUCAAGUUCCCCUUCUUCGAGAAUGCUCCCGCUGGCUUCUCCAUCAUGGACAAGGGCGAGGGCGUGCUAGGCUUCUUCGGCAUCUUCCUCGCUUGCGCCCCGCUGGAGCUGUGGUGGAGGGAGAACCCUGAGAAGGAGCCGGGAAACUACGGCGAUCCGUUCGGCGUGAACAUGUACAAUGACGAGAUGAGGAUGAAGGAGCUCAACAACGGGCGCAUGGCCAUGAUCUCGGUUCUCGGAAUCUUCGCAGCAGAGAUGGCCACCGGCAAGGACGCCAUGCAGCAGUUCGGGCUUUAG